ACGCAGGGGCAUGUGACGUCAUAUGUUCCAACGCCACCGCCGCUUCCUGGCCGGUCCAGGCUUGCGUCUCAGGCCCGAUUCGCGCCGGACCGUUACUCGCCUUGUUUCUGCUCUCUCCUGCUCCCGAACCAGUCGGCUCCCCGUGGCCAAGAGUCUACGGUCGUCAUGUGCAAGUGAACGGCGGGGAAGAAUGGAAAACCUUUCACAGCGCUCUUUGGUUGGAUGUAGUUUGUGGAGGAAAUGAUGCCCAAGUGAGGCAAAGCUGGUGGCUGUGGUGAUGGUGUUGGACUCCGGUGAAGUCUUCAUGGAUCAUGUCAAGGAUGAGCACUCUGAAGGCAGCAGGGACCUGUUGGAGCUGGACAAGUCCAAAGCCGUCAAAGCAGGCAGCAGUGCUAAAACGAUGCUGAGACCUCAGGCUGGAAGGCAGAAUGUUUCCAAGCAGGCGAAGGCGCCCACAAACGGGUUCCUGGCUCAGAAUGACACUGACCAGGUGGCAGAGAGAAAGUUGGUCCCAAAAGUGGGUGCCAAGCCCAGGCCUCCUCUCCGUCGCCCUCUCAGCCUUGACAUGACACCUCAGCGUCUGCAAAGAUCUAAGGAGCAGAUGACAGACAGGAAGCUUAUGCAACCACCUUGGCGCAGCGGGUCAGCCGCCCCGUCGCUCCCUGCUCGCUGCCUGACUAGCCUUGGCCUGGCUUCCAGUGGCUGGAUGCGACGCAGUGAGAGCACAUGCUCAGUCAACCAAUCCGCAGGCCUGCGAGCUAAAAAAGGGCAAUUGCGACCUGCCACCUCUCUACCACACAUCGCUAAAGGCACGGGAAGCAGCACAAUGUCACCCUCCUCCAAGCCGUGUCUGCUUGUAGCUCUCAGGCCUCUGAACCUUGAGCAGGAGAAGCAAAAGUUCUUCCAGUCCGACUACAAGUAUGAGCCCCAGUUUGAGUAUGCCCAACCAGAGCCGAAGUCCGUGCUAGACAAGUACAGCGAGGGUUCUGGCCUCUUUCUUGAGCAGGCUGUUGGAAUCAUGGAGUGUGUGCUGAAGAAGUUUGGCUCCUAUGAAACCUUUGAGGAGGUCACAGGUGGAACUGUGCUUCCUAAGAGUCAGGUGUGGUCCACUGUGAGGAAAUAUUUACAAAAGGAAGGCUGCGUGGGUGAGGUUGUGGUACGUCUCUCCGACGAGUUACUUUCUCAGGCAGUCAUGAUGGUAGAGAGCUGUCGUCCCACUCUGACCAUCAACCUGGCUGGAGCCCGUCAGCACUGGCUGGAGGGGAUGCUGAGACAUGAAAUAGGCACACAUUAUCUGCGAGGGGUCAACAACAGUUUUCAGCCAUGGGCCACGGCAGAAGGCAGAAAGCAGUUUGGCCUCAAGCCAGCUAACCCCACUGAGGAGGGGCUGGCCAGCCUGCACAGUGUGUUGCUACGGAAGCAGCCAUACCUGUGGCGUGCGGCUCUUCUUUAUUAUACAGUUUUCCAUGCUGGGAGCAUGAGCUUCAGCCAGCUUUUCAGUCACGUUGCACGCUUUGUACAGCAUCCAGACGUCCGCUGGGAAUACUGCCUGCGUGCAAAGAGAGGACAGACGGACACGUCGCAACCCGGCUGCUUCAGUAAAGACCAGGUUUAUUUGGACGGGAUCCUGCGGAUACUUCGGCAUCGAAAGAAUAUUGACUUCAAGAUGCUGACUUCCCUAGGAAAGGUGUCCUAUGAAGAUGUGGAGAAACUGCGGAACUUGGCAGUGAUCAACAACGCCAGGAUCCCACAUUUCAUGCAAGACCAGGAGCGGUACCUUCAACAUCUGGAUCACAUCGUCGCAGUGAACAAAGUGGAUGAUUCAACAUUGCAGCAACUGCUUCCCGCACCACCUGAAGAUGGGGGAGGAGGCGCUUGAGGUCUUGACGGUCAUUGCGGGUGCCUGACGAGCACUUAAGCGAUUCCAUUUUACCAGAGCUCUGAGCAUGUUUUUUAAAACUUGAUUGAUACAAGUAAAAAGGGAUGUACGCACUAGCAA